CGCACACCAGCACCUGCCCUCCUCGCCGUCGCCGCCUCCCUCCGCGCGACCGAUCUACCCUCCGCCGCCACCAUGUCGCUGAUCGCCGGGGAGGACUUCCAGCAUAUCCUGCGUUUGCUGAACACCAACGUGGAUGGGAAGCAGAAGAUCAUGUUCGCCAUGACCUCAAUCAAGGGUGUCGGGCGCCGCUUCUCCAACAUCGUCUGCAAGAAGGCCGACAUCGACAUGAACAAGAGGGCCGGCGAGCUGACGCCUGAUGAGCUGGAGCGCCUGAUGACGGUCGUGGCCAACCCUAGGCAGUUCAAGGUGCCGGACUGGUUCCUCAACAGGAAGAAGGAUUACAAGGACGGCAGGUUCUCGCAGGUCGUCUCCAACGCCCUUGAUAUGAAGCUCAGGGACGACCUUGAGAGGCUCAAGAAGAUCAGGAACCACCGUGGUCUGCGUCACUACUGGGGCCUCCGCGUCCGUGGCCAGCACACCAAGACUACUGGUAGGCGUGGAAAGACCGUUGGUGUCUCCAAGAAGCGAUGAGCUCUAUAUCACCCUGAGAAAUCUUGGCCGCACUACCGUGUUGGUUUGUGUCCAAACAGUCCUGAUGAAGGGUUUCUGUUUAGGCAGUUUCCUGAAAUGGUGUUUUGCUCUAGGACAAUCUCGCGGUUAUUGAACCUUAAUAUAUCGUGUCCCUGGGUUGUGUUUUUUUGACACUUUAUAAGUAAUUUCAUUUGGAUGAGACUUAAUUCUGGUUUGACUCGUUACAUUGUUAACUCGACUCCGAGAGGAGUGCCUUCCCAGUGCAGUUCAUUC